AUGCUAGGGCAUACUAGUAGGGAGUGCUCUAGUUGGGUAUCAGGAGCAGUUGUCCAAUUGUUUGAAAACAAAUAUAGAGCAGAUCCUGACUACCGAAUGAAUUAUAACUGGGAAACGAUCAGUGAAAUGGUAAGAGAUAGUGAUGAUGCACCUGUUAAGGAUAUUAAGGAUCGGUCAUAUGGUGGAAGAAAUUUUUUGAGAUAA